AUGGCCACACAGACUCCGACCUACCAAAUCAUGAGCCAGACAGAUUCCGUUCCUGGAUCCGCUCGCACCUUCGCACUCAACCCUAUUUUCUCGCUCGAGCUCCUUUUCCUCCACGACAAAAUUAAAUGGGCUUCACAUUGCCAAAUGUCUGGAUUACGAGUACCAUAUGCCGGCGAGUCUUUCUUGUUCACGCCGGAAAACGCGAAGGAUGCGUGGGAUAUGCGUCUUCGCAAGAGCGUGUAA